UAAAGGGAACCGACCAACGAAAGGCUUUCUGUUAACCCCCUACUGUACUUCUGUUGUAUGAGGUUCGAGAUGCUGGUCAGUAUAAAAGGUCCAGGUUUGAUUACGAAGGCACGUCAGUUCCUCCUAUUAGCUCCUUACGAAGACUACCAAUAAAUCCAUCUGCAACUGGACGAUUUUCCAUCAAGGCUGAUAAAAAUGAAAUUGGCCCUAAUCCUUCUAUCAGCAUGCAUGGCUAUUUCUCACCAACAAUAUUUUCGUGAUCCUCGUAUGAUAUUCGGGUUUCCCUAGCUAGUAAUGCCUCUCACCAACAACCCUGAAUUCUACACAGACCUCAGUCAAUUGAAUGAAGAAAUUAUGCACCAAGGUCAGCUGGCUUCAGAAAGACGUAACAACAUAAAUGAGGAAGAUGAGGAAGAAUUCGCAGACACACAGUCAAGGAUCAAAGGAAUAAGCCGUUACCGGCCCCGGCCCUAUUUCAAUAACAAUCAGCAAAAUGCGAGAUUUUUUUUCAAUUUAUUAGCCAGCACUACUGGCGCUUUUACUAAUCCACUAUUAAAAACAGCGACGUUUACGUCUACGCAAGUUUUAACUCUCCUCAGUCUCGUGAAUUGUGUUCCACCCAAUCAAAUCAUCGCUGCACCACCUCCCUGCCGCCGCAAGGGAGAAGACACUGACGUAUCAUCACAGGAUGAGUUUGACGAUAGCCAAUUUAUGAUCGCUCCCUCGAAAACCUUAAAGUUGACGCCAACAGCUCUUGUUUCGGGUGAUCGCAGUUCGGAACAAUUAUGGUCAUCUAUAGGGAAGAUGUCGCCUCCGAGGAAAUAUCACCCACCGAUUACAUCUCAAGAGAGAAGAGAUUCUAUUUUGUGAACAAAAAUCAGUUUGUAGUUUCUUCAACAAUAACAACUUUUUCAUUUGUGAAUAUUACCACCACUGCAAGCGUUAAUUUACUGCAUCUGGCGCCUGCUGCUGGUGCAGGGCCCUGUGUGACUGCGGUUGGGCCCCCUGCGGUGUCCUGUGUUCCCUGUUUACCAGCAGGCUUUGUUAUUUGUCUUGCUGUUGCUGGUUAAAGAUGAUACCUAUGUUUAUAACUUGGAUACUAAAAUUGCAUAUAUUAGGUGCUGAAAAAUUUAGUUUCGCUAGCACCUUCACGCGUUUUAGCAUUUCAAGGCAAAGCUGCAGAAUAAGAAAGAAACGGAAAAGUACCAUACAAAAAGAAUACCCUGAUUGCUUACCGCUAUAUCAAGCGGUUAGCAAUCAAGCAAGUAGGCCUAUGUUAGUUUUCCGUUUCUUUCUUAUUCUGCAGCUUUGCCUUGAAAUGCUAAAACGCGUGAAGGUGCUAGCGAAACUUAAUUUUUCAUCACCUAAUAUAUGCAAUUUUAGUAUCCAAGUUAUAAACAUAGGUAUCAUCUUUAACAUUUUUGUAUGGUAGGGUCUACUACUAUUAUUUUCAAUUUUCAAUUAAUAUUGUUAAUCAACCAUACCCCAUACGCAAUUGCAAUUUCAGCUUAUUCUGCUUGAUAAAACUGGGAAAAAAAUCUUCAAAAUAAUAAAAGAACCAUGAACCAGC